GCUGACUCUCCCCCCGGCGUGCCGCACCCCCCUGUCCCCACGCCAUGUCCCAGCGGAGCCGCUGUCCCUGUCCCUCUGGCAGCCCCGCGUGUCCCUGCAGCCCCAGGCCAUGAGCGGGCCCCGGCGGCGGGGAGCAGAGCUGCGGGAUGGCCUCGCUGGACCUGCCCUACCGCUGCCCGCGCUGCGGCGAGCACAAGCGCUUCCGCAGCCUGUCCUCGCUGCGCGCCCACCUGGAGUACAACCACACCUACGAGACCCUCUACGUGCUCUCCAAGACCAACAGCAUCUGCGACGCCGCCGUCUUCCCGCUGGCCGCCGACGCGGCCCUGCUGGCCCCGGCCGCCCGCAGGGACUACUUUGAGAGCACCUCGUUCCAGGGCAAGGACCAGCGCUUCUCCUGCGACCUGGUCCCCGCCGACGAGCUGGAGCCAGCGCCGCCGUCGUCGCCAUCGCCGCGCUAUGUGCACGAGAUCGAGAUCCCGCUGAGCGAGAUCUUCAGCCGCGGCAAGGCCGUGGCGCCCGCGCCCGGCCCGCCCGCCGCCGCCGACGCGGCCUACGAGGAGGGCCUGGCCCGCCUCAAGAUCCGCGCCUUCGAGAAGCUGGAGGUGGACAAGAGGCUGGAGAAGCUGACGGAGGAGGUGGAGCAGAAGAUUGCCUCGCAGGUGGGCCGGCUGCAGGUGGAGCUGGACCGCAAGAGCUCAGAGCUGGAGAAGGCCAAGCAGGAGAGCCUGCGACUGAGCCGGGAGAAGCAGGAGCUGGAGGACCGCGCCUCGGAGCUGUCCCGCCAGGUGGACGUCAGCGUGGAGAUGCUGGCCUCCCUCAAGCAGGACCUGGUGCAGAAGGAGCAGGAGCUCACCCGGAAGCAGCAGGAGGUGCUGCAGAUCGAUCAGUUCCUGAAGGAGACGGCGGCGCGGGAGGCCAACGCCAAGGUGCGGCUGCAGCACUUCAUCGAGGAGCUGCUGGACCGCGCCGACCGCGCCGAGAAGCAGCUGCAGAUCAUCAGCAGCAGCUGCGGCACCACCCCCAAUGGCAGCCUGGGCCGCUGCGGCACCCCGGCCAGCAAGGCCAUCGCCCGAGCGGGACCUCUGCGGGCACAGAGAGAGCGGCACCCGGGCUCGGCGGUGGCCGUGCACGGUCCCUACGGCGGCGUGGCCAACCAGCGCUCCUCCUCCAGCACCGGGGCCUCGAGCCGGGCCAAGGCGGUGUCGCAGAGCUCGGGCUGCUACGACAGUGACAGUGCAGAGCCGUGUCCCACAGACGACACGGCCGAGGGCCCCCCAUACCCGGCCCGGGAGGCGCGGGGCUCGGGACUGCGGCGCCAGGCCAUCCAGAACUGGCACCGCCGGCCCUACCGCAACAGCACCGAGGGCGAGGAGGGCGACGUGUCCGACGUGGGCUCCCGCACCACCGAGUCCGAGGCUGAGGCCUGGGAGCCCGAGGGACCGGGAUCCGCCGCGGCCCGACCGCCCGGAGGCUGCCGCCUGACCGUGGCCACGGAUGCCGUAUGUCCUGCGGGCAGGCCCGAGGGCGCCGGGGGCAAGGUGUGCCGGCUGGAGCGGGACAGCCCGGGCCACUGCAGCGAGGUGAUCAGCCCCGAGAUCCUCAAGAUGAGGGCGGCUCUCUUCUGCAUCUUCACCUACCUGGACACCAAGACGCUGCUGCGCGCGGCAGAGGUGUGCAAGGACUGGAAGUUCGUGGCCCGGCACCCGGCUGUGUGGACACGGGUGCUGCUGGAGAAUGCCAGGGUCUCCUCCAAGUUCCUGGCCAUGCUGUCCCAGUGGUGCACCCAGAUGCAUUCCCUCACCCUCCAAAACCUGAAGCCACGACAGCGGGGCAAGAAGGAGAGCAAGGAGGAUUACAUGAAGAGCACACGGGGCUGCCUGGAAGCGGGGCUGGAGUCGCUGCUCAAGGCCACGGGCAGCAACCUGCUGAUCCUGCGCAUCUCGCAUUGCCCCAACGUGCUGACCGACCGCUCGCUCUGGCUGGCCAGCUGCUACUGCCGCGCCCUGCAGGCCGUCACCUACCGGAGCUCCACGGACCCCGUGGGCCAUGAGGUGAUCUGGGCCCUGGGAGCAGGCUGCAGGGACAUCAUCUCCCUGCAGGUCGCACCUCUGCAUCCCUGCCAGCAGCCCACCCGCUUCAGCAACCGCUGCCUGCAGAUGAUCGGGCGCUGCUGGCCCCACCUGCGCGCGCUCGGCGUCGGCGGCGCCGGCUGCGGCCUGCAGGGACUGGCAUCCCUAGCCCGGAACUGCAUGAGGCUGCAGGUGCUGGAGCUGGACCACGUGGCCGAGAUCAACCAGGAGGUGGCAGCUGAGGUGUGCCGGGAGGGGCUCAAGGGGCUGGAGAUGCUGGUGCUCACCUCCACGCCGGUGACCCCCAAGGCCCUGCUGCACUUCAACAGUGUAUGCAGGAACCUGAAAUCCAUCGUGGUGCAGGUGGGCAUUGUGGACUACUUCAAGGAGCCCCACAGCCCCGAGGCCCGGAAGAUGUUUGAGGAGAUGGUGAACAAACUGCAGGCCCUGAGGAAAAGGCCUGGCUUCUCCAAGAUCUUACACAUCAAGGUGGAAGGAGGCUGUUAGCCCUUCAGGGAGCCCAAAGCACAUUCCCUGCUCUGCCCAGAGCCCCGAGGGGCCGGACGGGGACCCCCGAUCGGGCACCAGGAACCCCAAACUCGCAGCCUUUGGGGACCCCCCGGGUGACAAGGUGCUACUCAAGGACAAGUUUUGGCUGUCCCCAGAGCCAGGGCCGUGCUCUUUGCCAGGAGGAGGAUGGUUUUGCAGCCCUGCAGCUGCUCCUCACCCAGGAUCCGUGUUUGGGGACAGCUUUUCUGCUGAUCUCUGCUUUGGGGAUCCCUGAUCCCAUUCUGGGGCUGGGCUGGCCACUGCAGCCCCAGGUGCUGGACCUGGGCUGGGAAGGGGCUGCUCCUCCCCCAGCAUUGCCCAGGGUUUCUGCUCCUUUUCCUGUGGGAUUUGGCACAGGGGCACCUGAACCCAGGAAAUGCUCCCAGGAGCCAGCAGAGCACGAGGCCAGGAGCAGAGCUGCACCUCGGGCAGCCACAGGGCACAGGAGAGAUGGGCGCUCCUCCAGAGGGCUCCAGCCUCACCUCCUCUCCUCCAAACCCUCCUGCCAAGGCAAUAAACCAUCUCCAGAUCCUCACCCACCAGGAAACACGGGUCACACUCC